AUGAUCAGUAACAUUCCAACUGUUAGUAGCACUGUUGUUUUUCAUUUUAUUGCCCAUCGGACUGCCACUAAAAAGGCUUCUCGUUCGUCAUCUGCAUCAGUGAUGGCCAGUGUUUUGGACAAUGACUCUUUGGUCUGUAAUAAUACUGUAAACAAUAGUCUGGAUAAGUCGCAUUCCGCUCCAGUAAGAAGGAGAACUCGGUCCAAGUUCACUCCAAGCUCAUCCUUUGUCACUGUCCAGAACAUGGAUCAAGAUCAACUCCAGACUGCAAAAGACACCAUCAGUCUGAUCCAGUCUGAAACCACUCUCACUCCUCUCAUGCAAGAAAUAUCAGAUCUUCAAAAACACAAUCCAGAACAUAUAUUGCUUGUGCAAGUGGGUUCGUUUUACGAGAUCUACGACAUUGGUGGGUAUUUAGACGAGAUUGCUGGAUUGUUGAGUUUGCGGAUUGCUACAAUGAAGGGCAAGAGAGAUCCUGUCAGAAUGGCUGGAUUUCCCAUGCACUGCUACAAAGACUACGUCACUUCUCUGAUCAAUAACGGCAAAACAGUCGCUUUGGUUCAGCAAGUUGGUAAAGACUAUUCGAUAUCCUCAAAAUCCUUUGUUCGCGCAGUCACUCGCAUCAUCACUCCUGGAACCAUGAUUGACGACAAUAUGGCAUCAGACGUUGCUGAAAACUCUUUUUUGUUGAGCAUCGUAUCUCCUGUCGUCGUCUCUUCUCUACAAAAAUCAAAGAUCGGUCUUGCCUGGAUGGAUGUGUCCACUGGAGAGUUCUUUACCGCUCAAUCAAAUCUACAAUCUCUUGAAACUGAUCUGGCUCGCAUUCAGCCUAGAGAAAUUCUUGUUCAAGAACAUAUGCAAUCUGCAAUCAAUUAUAUACCUGCAUUAAAAUCAGCCGCUCAUCUGACAUUCAAGCCCGACUCGCUGUUCACUGACCCCAAGUCUAUUGGUAGAUUUCGCAAUCUUGUUCUUCGAAGCGAUCUUGGUCUUGCAAAUCACGACGGAUCAGAUGAGGCUGUAUUUAAAGGCUAUUCCCCUUAUCAAACUCAAGCUGCUGCCGGAAUGUUGGAAUAUGUUGCUCACAAUCUUCCGCUGGCGGAACAUGCAUUUCGUCUUCCUAUUAGCCAAAACAAAAAGCAAAUGAUGAAAUUGGACAAGGUCACUCUGAAAUCUUUGGAAAUCCUUCGUAAUAUUCGUGAUGGUGGCAUCAGAGGAAGUCUGUUCCAGGCUGUAAAUUAUACAAAAACAAACGCUGGAUCUCGUCUAUUGAUAUCUCGUCUAUCAUCUCCAUUGGUGGAUAUUGAAGAAAUCAAUCACAUACACGAUGUUGUUGAAGCUUUUACAAAACAGCCCAGUCAUUGGAUUCACGACAUCACUUUGCCUCUCGAGACAUGUUGUGACAUCAAAAAAAAUCUUCAACGACUAUCUCUUGGUAAUGGCAGUCUCACAGACUUUCGUGAUAUAAUAGAUACGCUGCGCAACUCGGCCACUAUCCGCAACAUUCUUACCUCGGAAAUUCCACAGAAAUGCAACGGAACAGUCUUGUUUGAUUUAGGAAACAGUAUAAGUGACUUUUCAGCACUCUAUGAUAAACUGGAAGGAGUGUUGAACGAUGGAAUCAAUGGAAAUAUUACUCUUGGAUCUAUUUCCAAAGGUGUUUCAAAACAUUUGGACACGCUACGGGAAAACCGAACCGAGUUGAAUCAAAAGCGCCAACAGCUUUUUACCAAACUUGUGCAAGUCUAUGGUGAAAAUUUUAGUUUUAUAGUUGAUAAUCGGUAUGGAGCAGCUCUCGAGUUUCCAAAAAUCAAUUCAAAAAAACGACCUAAAUUGCUCAAUAUUAUCGACAUGGAUCCGGCUUCAACUUUGAUGCACGAGCAACGCCUAGCCAGCGGAGUGCGUAUUCACAACAAGCACUGGACAGAUCUGCUUAACCAAAUGCAAGAACUUGACGAUGAAAUGUUGAAGCUUGAAAUAGAUAUUUUUGAAAAAGCUUGCAAUCAGAUCAAACAAUCUAUACCUGAACUCAUCGAACUUUCAAGAAUUCUCAGUGAGAUUGACGUUUCGCUAUCCUUUGCAGUACUUAGUAUUGAAAAAGAAUACGUGAGACCAAAAAUGGUAACCGAGCCUAUCCAUAAAAUUACUGGAAGUCGACAUCCAGUUGUCGAAAAUUUCCAACAACUGCGCGGAAGCAUGUUUAUCAAGAAUGAUAUUGACUUGUCUGAGGAUCAGCGAAUGUGGAUUCUUACAGGGCCAAAUAUGGGUGGAAAAAUGCGAGCAUCUAUUUUGGCUAAUAUGCCUCUUAUGUUUGGUAUGAAUCUUAGUGCGCUCCUAUCAAUUCUUGCCCAAGCAGGAGGAUUUGUACCCGCAGAUUCGGCCACUUUGGGUGUGGUGGACGGCAUAUAUACGCGCAUUGGUGCAUCCGACGAUCUAUCAGCCAAUGAAUCAACAUUUAUGGUAGAAAUGCGAGAAACAGCCUAUAUUCUCGCCAAUGCCACACCUAGUAGCUUAGUCAUCAUGGACGAGGUGGGCAGAGGCACAUCUAUGCUUGACGGACUUUCGCUUGCUUAUGGAAUCAUUGAGCAUUUGGCUAAUGUGAAUCAAUCCCGUGGGUUGUUUGCUACGCAUUACCACGAGUUGGCGACCUUUACCCAUAUGAUGAACAUUACUGGUAUCGGGGAGUACCAUGCUACAUGUCAAUUGGAUAAAGACAAUGGUCUGAUAUGCUUAUAUCGCAUCGAGCCAGGAAUCAUGAAUCAGAGCCACGGGAUUGAAGUGGCAAGUCAUGCUGGACUACCGAGUGAAGUCAUUCGUAUUGCCAAGGAAAUGUACACCAAUCUUGAAACUCAAAUUAAAUAA